AUGAUGGUGAUGACGAGUCGACGAUCGCUGCGGCUGGCGACAAAGAUAUGCUGGUUGCUGGCGGCGGCGGCGGGGGACAGCGCGGAGUCCAAGGCGGUGUUGGAUUUUAGGGACGAGUGCGCGAGGGAAGCGGUGAAGAAUGGGACGUGGCCGGCGCCGUUUGAGGAGCGGGUGCCGAUGGGAGGGGAGAGCGCGGGGACGGAGGCGGCGACGGCGACGACGGAGCGAGGAGGAAGUCCGCCGAGGAACGGGCGGACGGGAGCGCCCGCGGAGUCAACUCCGGAACCCGUGACGCCACCGAGACGAAUAUUCGGCAUGGCGAAGUCGCCGGGGCGAAGAUCGAGCGAUGGCUUCGAUGGGAAGAGGGUGGAGUCGCCGCCCGCCGCGGGAGGUUUCCUCGCCGGCGUCUCGCGAGCGCUCUCCUUUCGGUCUUCUCCCUCCGGUUCGCGAAAAGACUCGGGCAAGAAGAAUAGAGAUCAUCACAAAGACAAAGAGAAGUCACCGGGCAAGACGAAAGAUGCGGGAUUACGAUCACCCUCGGGUGGAUUGUCGUCGCUCUUUGGCGUGUGCGGAACGAAGGGGUUACCGGCUGAGGAUGGAGCCAAGGCGUUGAAUCUUCGAAGGAAAACGUUCGACGCGACGAUGAAGCUCACGGAUGACUUGUGCGAGCUUUCGUUGAAGCUGUCGAAG